AUGCCAGCCUCUCGAUCCACACGCGCUUCGACGAGCCACGACGUGUCGGCCUCGAUGACGACCUCGCGCAAACGGGCGCGCGACAAGGAAAACGUCGCGCCGCGCUCCUUCAGCGCACUUAGCCGCUACGACCAAGACGACCAAGACGACGACCAAGAUGCAGCAUCGGCGUCGGACCGGGGAGACGAGGACAGCUUCCGCGCCUCCAAGUCUCGAAGGGGCGCCGCCACGACUGCCAAGCCGGCAAAGACGACCAAGAAGGCCCAGAGCAAUUCCAAGGGCUCCGCGGUGGGCGCACGGAAGACGGCCUCGAAAUCCAGACGGGUCGAACAGCUCGAGGACGACGAUGACGAGCAGGGCGACGACGAGGAAAUGGAGGACAAUGCAUCCAUCGCCGACACGGCCAACGGCGAAGAUGAGAGUGUGGCAGACGACCAAGACGACACUCUCCGAGCGGUCAGGACGGGUGCAAAGUCGAGCGGACGAGGCCGCACCGCGUCGAGCAACGGCAAGGCAGCGACGGCGGCACCGUCUACCAAAUCGCGCAGCCGUGCCGCCGCCGCGGAGACUACCGAGGACGGAUACGGCGACGAGGACGAUGCGGCAGCGGGCACAGACGCCAUGCUGCUGGAGCGCAAGGAGUUUGACAGCUGGAUGGAAAAGAAGCUGGCCAAGAUGGCGUCAAAGAGGGAGCGGGCGCUCGAGGACAAGCUGCAGAGGAUGACCGAGGAGCGCGACGAGAUCCAGAACCAGCUCGACGAGCUGCGGCAGCUCCGGAACACCAAGGCCGAAGAGACGCUCGAGGCGCUGAGGAAGGCGGCCGAGACCAGGCACAAGCAUGACAAGGACCUCAUCAACUCGCUCAAGGCUCGCGCCGAGGCGGCCGAGCGGAGGGCCAGAGAGGCCGAGGCCAACGGAGGAGGUGCUGCGGACCGCAGCAUGAGCAUCGUAGGCAUGCGAACGCCGAGCGUGGCAUCGACGUCGAACGCUCCGCAGGUCGAGGAGCUCGAGAAGCGGCACCGCAAGGAAAUGGCCGAGGCGGCCAAGGUGCAGAGGAAGCUCGAGGACGACGUCAACAAGUACAAGGCCAAGCUGGAGGAGGAGAUCGCGACGUCCAAGGCGCUGCUGGAAAAGGCGCACCUGGGCUCGUCGGCCUCUACGUCGUCGUCGCAGGCGGCGGGCAAAGGCAGGGCGGCGACGGAGCUGGCGCUGACUGCGCAGCAGCACGAGGACGAAAAGGCCAUCCGGCGGCUGUACGAGGACCUCACAGGGCUCGUCGUCACGGGUGUCGAGACGUACGACGCAAAGGAAAAGUACAAGCGCUUCAAGAUGCUGUUUGCCAACGACGCGUACCACUCUCUGGUGUUUACGCUGGAGGAGUUUGAGGCGCUCUUUGACCCGCCGGCGGGCUCGCGGUCGACGCAAAAGGUCAAGCGGGAGCAGUUCUGCUACGAGCCGCAGCUCGACGAGGACCGGGAUCGCGCCUUCCUCGAGGCCGACGUGCCCGAGAUGUGGCACGAGACGAUCCGCUUCCACCGCGACAUGGCCUUUCCCUUUUUCAACAAGCUCAAGGGCGCUCUCCGCCUUGGACCGUCGCGCUCGGACUGA